AUGUCUCUCAAGGCCAUCCAUGUGUCGGAAGUGCCCAGCCUGGACCACUUCCCUGAUAACCCGUCCCUCUGCUCGUCUCGUUUCAAGAUCAAAGCUGGGUCUUUCAAGAUCCCCACGUUUCUGGUGCUGGGACAUAGAGGGCACGGCAUGAACAUGCUGCAGUCGCCGGAUCCGAGAUUCUCUGCUCUCAAGGAGAACUCAAUCCUCUCCUUCAAUGCCGCUUCAAAACUCCCUCUCGACUUCAUCGAAUUCGAUGUUCAGGUCACCAGAGAUGGCUGCCCAGUCAUAUUCCACGACGACUUCAUCUACUCCGAGGAACAGGGAGUGGUUUACGAGAAGAGGAUCACGGAGCUUAGCUUGUCGGAGUUCAUGUCUUACGGCCCGCAGAGGGAAACCGACAAGAGAGGGAAGCCAUUGCUGAGAAAGUCAAAGGAAGGGAAGAUCCUCAAGUGGAGCGUCCAAGGAGACGACCCUCUCUGUACUCUCCAGGAGACCUUUGAGAAAGUCGAUCCCAAGUUGGGUUUCAACGUCGAGCUCAAGCUUGACGACAAUCUCCUCUACACCUCUGAUCAUCUCUCCCGUCUUGUCCUCCCAAUCCUGCAGGUUGUGUCUGAUUUUGGAAAGGACAGACCAAUCAUCUUCUCCAGCUUUCACCCCGAUGCUGCCCUUCUUGUCAGGAAGUUGCAGAGCACCUACCCCGUCUUCUUCUUGACAAACGGGGGAACAGAGAUGUAUUACGACGUGAGAAGGAAUUCGCUGGAGGAAGCAAUCAAGGUAUGCGUAGAAGGAGGCCUUGAAGGGAUUGUGUCGGAGGUGAAGGGAGUAUUCCGAAACCCAGCCAUCGUCAAGAAGAUAAAAGAAUCCAAGCUCUCCCUCAUGACAUACGGCAAGCUCAACAACGUACCAGAGGCGGUCUAUAUGCAGCAUUUGAUGGGAAUUGAGGGAGUGAUUGUGGAUCACGUGGAGGAGAUGACAGAGGCGGUGAGGGAGAUGAUGAAGCCAUCCACGAGAGAUGCUGAUGACACUAAUAAGCCAAAGCCAAACUUCUCUGAGAGAGAGCUCUCUUUUCUUCUCAAGCUCAUUCCCGAGUUGAUUCAGCACUAG